AUGGCAAAACUUGUCGUUGAUGCCGCCAAACGUAACUCCGAGACGGGACGCUACGAUGUUGAAAAGCACGUUUGCAUUAACCGCUUCAGGGACCGCUCUCGCAGCGACGUCUCCCGUCCUGACCAGGGAAAGAAAUUGGCCAGCUCGAUUGAUGAAUCCGACCUGGAGGAAAUGUCCACUUUUCACAGAGAUGUCAUUAAGCCAUUGGUUGGGAAAUUUCUGAAGUCAAGAUUCCAGUUCAAUCCAGGCAUGUCCACAACGGAUGGUGGGAAGAUAGGGGAUAAACGAACUGAGGAUAGACUGGUCUCGUUUCGCAAUGCUUUUUAUCACUAUCAAUUUGCAUGCAUCAUGGCAACCAGGUACCAGAGAAAUGAUGACGGCACUUGCCAGGACAUCAGCCUCUCCCAAGAGCACGGAGAAAACGAUAUGCUUUGCAACAUCCCUAGCUUGUAUUUGAAUGGAGAAGAGCGGCUACAUCUAGGGGAAAUCGUCAACUGGGUGGAGGGUCAUUACGGGAGACUCAUUGACAAGGCGCUGAAGGGUCGCCCCCAGAAGGAUAAUGAAGGGCUGUUAGAUUACUUCGCCAAGCGUGGUCUCAAAUAUCUUCAGAGAUCUUUACGACAUGGGCUUAAUCGAAAGAAUCUGGAAGAAGCUAAAAAGCACUGUGACCUAUCACACGCAAGAGCAGAGAUGCCCUUCAUAAUUGGGCUAAGAGAGGGCAUCAAGCCGAGACGUUGA